UCUUCUCUAUUUCUAUGCUCUAAAAUCUCCUUAUAUACAUAGUCCCCAUACUUAUCCUCAAAACUCACCACAAAAUCUCAUCAACUCAAUGGCUUCAAUUCUCUCAAUUCUUCUUCUCCUUCUUUCACUUUCAAAUCUCCACUUCACUUUACCUACCGGAAACAGCCACAUUAACGACAGAAAAUCCUUAGAAAUCAUUAUUGGUGGUGGUGACGACGGCAAUCCACCACCGUCACCGGAACCGGAACCAGAACCUGCAGAUUGCCCUCCUCCAUCUCCCCCUCCUCCAUGCCCUCCUCCUCCUCCAUGCCCUCCUCCUCCACAGCUUCCACCGCGUUCACCACCGCAUCCACCACCUACGCCUAAGAAGCCGCCGCCAACACCUGAUCUACAGUUUGCGAGCUCACUAAUAAAGAAAGUCUAUCCAGUUCUCCAAAGAUUCAAGGGUCUAGUCGCAGAUGAUAAACUUAAGUCUUGGGAAGGACCCGACAUUUGCAACAAAUACCUCGGACUCAAAUGUGCGACUUUUCCAGGAACCACCGAUCUCGCACUCGCGAGCGUCAAGUUUAAUGGGUUAAAAUUGAGAGGCAAGAGAGGCAAGAAACUCCUGUUAGAUAACUUCCUCGACAAGUUAGAAGAAGUCACCAUCUUCCACGCAAACUCCAACGAUUUCAUCGGCUCUGUGCCUGACAUCAGCAAGUUGACAUACUUAUUCGAGCUCGAUCUAAGCAACAACAAACUCACCGGAGAUUUCCCAACCAAUGUCUUGAUGAAAAACAAUCUCACGUUUCUUGAUCUCAGGUUCAAUCAGUUCUCAGGCUCUGUUCCUCCUCAGGUCUUUAAUCUCGACCUUGAUGUCUUGUUCAUCAACAACAACAAUCUUGUUCAGAAGCUUCCAAGCAAUCUUGGAUCCAUCACUGCUCUUUACCUCACCUUCGCCAACAACAGGUUCACGGGUUCAAUUCCCGCGAGCAUAGGCAACAUCAAGUACCUACAAGAAGUCCUUUUCUUGAAUAACCAGUUAACCGGAUGCUUACCGUACCAAAUCGGAAACCUAACCCGAGCCACUGUUUUCGAUGUUGGGUUCAACCAAUUAACCGGUCCAAUACCGUACUCUUUCGGUUGCUUAGAAACGAUGGAACAACUCAAUUUAGCCGGAAACAAGUUCUAUGGAACCAUACCGGAGAUCGUAUGCGAGAUUGCUUGUCUCAAAAACGUUUCUCUCUCGUAUAAUUACUUCACUCAGGUUGGUCCGAAAUGUAGAAACCUCAUCAAGAGAAAAAUUAUGGACGUUAGUAUGAAUUGUAUACUUGAUCUUCCAAACCAGAAAACGCCAUCGGAGUGUGCUAACUUCUUCAUGCGGAAACAGACUUGUCUUAAUUCCAAGUCUUUGUUUACUGUCCCUUGUGGUAAGAAUCCAAACCGGGUUAAACCGGAUCAAGAACGAUUGGAGGACGAAAAAGCUCGAGUUUCUCAUCCGGUAUCUUACAACACACUUAACCCGGACCGGAUUCGGAAUCUAUAACCUUGGUUUUUUUAUUAUGAAAUAACUUAUAUAUAUACCCAAGUUGUUUAUAAUUUGAGGUGUCUAAUGCAAUAUAAAAGAAUAAAUGUAUUUGUAGUUGUGUACUUUCGGAUCAUCACUAUAUGUAUUUUCAUUGUUGUAUAAUCCAUCCUUUUCUUAAUAAAACAUCUUGUUUUGUAUGAAUCA